AUGUCGCCCGAUUCUGUGUCUCUAGACGUUCCCAAACCGCGCUUCAGAUACAUGGAGGAUCCUAGGACCUACAGGCGUAAUUUCCCAGUCGCUCAAUACCCCGGAAUUGGAGACUUUGUCGUCUUCGCCAUCGACCCAGUUGCCUCAGUCGCUCACCUUGAUAAGGUGGCCCGUCGCGCGGCUAAGAAGAUCCAAACGAGCCUUCAUGUUGGGCUAAUCAUGAUGAUGAAUGGCCUGCCCAUAGAAAAUAUCCCAGUCAAUCAGUUCCGCUUCGUGUUCCUGAGGAAAGGUCUACCCCCGACAACACCCCCGAGCAGCUUUGCUGACUCAUGUAUACCCGUCCUUCCGAAUACGCACCACCCGAUGGACUGUCAGCCUCUUGCGCCGCUACACCCGCUUCCCUGGGACGAUUGCUACAUUAGUUCCACUGAGGAGCUCCACUUCCGUAGCCUUCGGGUGAAGAACACUCCGCGCGACUACACUCCCGUCCUUCCCGUGACGAAUUACGAUGAACUAUGGCGCCUGGAGUGCACAAUCGAUGAUAGCAAAGCUGUUGAGGAGGAACGAAUGCGCAGGAUUCAAGAAGGCUCUCUUGACGCUAUCGCAGCCAUCCCCAUCCCCGUCUCGCCCUCGUCGACUCUCAAAACAGCUCUGCCGAGUACACGAGGUGCCAGUGAAGUUCCAGAAGCUGCUGACGACGCAAGCCUGAGUUCUGGAGCGCCGUCAAAUGCGAGUCGGCUUGCGGACGAUCAUGACGAUGUUUCGAUGAUUGGCAGUGUCGACGAGGACGGGUCUGAGAAUCACGCGAAGCAGACUGCAAUGUUGAGUGACGACGUCGACCUUGGCAUCUUGCACCACUUCGAGAGCAUGAUCGAUAGUAGAGGGAGCGUCAACAAUCCUGUGGUCGAUAUCUGGUACGAUCUUAACAUGGUCAAAGACGUGGGCGACAUUUCGCUCUUCCUCGACGAGUGCGCCCAAAUCAGACGUAUUAUCGACGACGCCGAGGAAAGAUUGGGUAUUCGAGCUGCGCGAGAAGCCGCUGCUGCGCAGAAGAAAGAGUUCUACGCUCGCCUCGCCCAGGACGCCCACUCAAUCCCCGACCACCGUAAAGGAGGUCUCAUCGGGGGAUUGUCAAAUCUCGUACACGCCGCUCUCCGUGCAGCGGUAUGCCACUCUCCAGGAGCUCACUACGUUGAAGAUUGA